AUGAAAGCUUUCGUCUAUAUGCUUUUUAUGGUACUAAUACUAGCUAUCGCUGAAUGUGAACCUCGUAAACCUCGUUAUAACCCGCUAUAUUGCAUGGACAAGGCGCCCAGAUACUGUAAGUCGACAGUCAAAGAAAACGGCUGCAGGGGAAUGGUAGGAAGGUGGGCAUGUGCACAGACAUGCGAACAUUGUGAAAAUUCACUGCAAUAG